AUGUGUGAGACCGAGGAGUUGGAAGAUUAUGCUGAAUGUUAUCAAGACAUUAAAACCAACUGUCAACGACUUAUAGUUCUGUCUGAAGUGCAUCGUGUCAGUUUUUAUCAAGGACAAUGUGGCAAACACAUCACCUUAGAUGAAAGUAACGCAUUUGAUGUCCCACGACUGCAUCAAGCUGUGUUUGAAGGUAACCUUGAAUUUACUCAAUGUAUGAUUAAAGAGGGACCGGACCCAAAUCAAAAGCUGCAAGAAGGACCUAGAUUUUUUCGUUGUGUUGAGGAUGGACAAAAAGCGCUGUAUGGUUAUUUCGAAGGAACCACUCCUCUCAUGAUAGCAAGUCAGAGAGGACAUCUGAAACUGGUCAAAUUUCUUCGCUCUCAGGGUGCCUUAAUAUCGAAAACUGACAGUCUUGGCUUCAAUGCCUUCUUACUGGCUUGUGGGGCAAAUCAGCUCGAUGUAUGUCGCUACCUGCUCAGACACGGUGCAUCUUUGGAAUUCCGUGAUGAACUGAAUGGCAUGACGCCACUUUUGAUAGCAUGUAGAGCAGGAAACGAAGCAGUGGCAAAAUGGCUGAUUGACAGAGGAGCCAAUGUACAUGCCUGUGACUUUUCCGGAAGAGGCACGUUGCAUUUCGCUGCAUGGAACUACAGUGUUUUUCUCAUACAACUUCUCGUGUCAAAAUCUGUGAAGAUAAACGGGAAAGAUCGUGACGGAAACACACCUCUUCAUUUGCUGCUCUCUGAUACAUCACUGGAACCGACGGCUCUGGAACAAGUAUUCGAUCAGAAAAAGGAAGUCGAAACCGUCGAGUACGUAUUGGAGAGGAUGAACAAAUUAAAAGACGGCGAUCUAAUGGUUGAUUUUGGACUGACCAGCCGAAGGGGAACAGCUGACUUGAUGAAUAAAUCAAAUGAGAAAUGGAAAUCUCUCUCAGAGUUUAUUAAAAUUGGAGCCGAUUCAAGUAUAAAAAACCGAGAGGGGAAGACUCCAUUACACGUCCUUUUACAAUGUCUUCCAGAAACGUUCAUUUCUAAUGAACGAGUUGUGGUCUUCGAACCUAACCGAAACCAGGAGUUGCUUGUGCAGCUUCUUAUUCUCCUAAAACUGGGAGUGGAUCCAGAGGUGAAGCUUGGUGAUGGGAGAACAACUAUUGAAUUGUGCCAAUCGAGGAAAAAUGCACUAGCUCUACGUAUUUUGAAUCGGUAUCAAAAUAUCGUUAACGAUACUACUGUAAACAGUCCUGUUGUAGAUCAGACAAUUGCCAAGUAUCGUCAACGAUAUCUCCAAAAGCUUAAACAAAUUGAAAACGAGAUUGAGAUGCUAUCAGAUAUGGUUAUUGAACCUUUACGCAAACGCUCUUUUUAUGAAUUUGUGUAUGAUAAUUGUGUAGCCCUAUAUCGUUACGUGGACAGCAUUGUCAUUGGUUGAAAACCGAGUUAUCUUUCUUGUAUUGUUAAUUUCUAGUACAUAUGCUUGAUUUACAACAGCAAAAGUAUUCAAUACAUACACUAAAACAAGUGAAUUUUACAGAUUUUCUGCAUUUUAAUGUAUUAUCAACUGCAUUUUAAUAUUUAAUCAACUGAGCUUAAAGCCAUUUCUUAGGGUGUAAGAAAAAUCAACUUAGUGGGCAAGAAGAACUAACUUUUAAGUAGGAGUGUUGUAUGCUUAUUGUUAAAAUACAAACCAUUUGUUUGCUAAACAUGAAGCAGUGAAAUAUAUUGUUUAAAGUUUUGAUACCAUCCUUAAA